CAACGUGAUAUAGCUUGGACCACCUUCCUCAUGUUCAAGCUAGUUUUUUUGCUUCACCCAAUUUUGUUGGUACACAGUUUGUGUGCAUUAGCCUCAUUGACUAGUAUGUUAUUAUUAGAUGUGCUGGUUAAUAAGUUAGCGUUCAUCUCAAUGAGUAGCCAGUCUUUCAACCAAGCAACAACCUUUCUUCCAGUUUCUCAUUGAUGAGAUCUCAGUGAAGUUCUGGAAAAGAUUGUUGGCAUUGGCAUUCAUCCCUUCUGAGAUCGAUCUUCUCAAACUCUACCGUUUCGCCAUGGAUUCUACAGAAGCAGGAAUUCAACUCAGAAAUGAACUCAAGGUGUUUUGAGGGCACAAACAUAAACAGUGGAGGCAUUUUACAGCUCUAAAGUAUGUUUCCCACAUUAGAUGGACUGGAAUUUCCAAGGAAGCUUCUUCAAUCGACCAAUUCUCAAUCCUAUAAUUUAACUACGAGCAUUGUUGGUUCAAGCGAUGAUGAUCUGAUAGAUUGGUACGUCACGCUUACUUUUCUAAUGCGUUUGCUUGCCUACGUUACAAUUUUAACGUUGCUUGUAGUUGUUGUAUACAUGAUAAUGAAGUACAUAAGCGAUUAUGAAGACGGGAGGAGCACUGCAGAGGAUGUUUUCGAUUACACCGAAAGCAGCCCAGUAUUACCGCCGGCAAAGACAAUCCCGGUAACAUACGGGACUUGUGAUCACUGGGAUAUCGAAUCCGGAAAUUGCAGCAGUACUAGCAGCAUCACUAGCUCGUCCGAGGAGUUAUACGAUGGGAAAAUAUGUGUGAUCUGCUACACUGACCCAAGGAAUUGUUUCUUGGUUCCUUGUGGUCACUGUGCUACAUGUUAUGAUUGUGCACAAAGGAUCUUUGAAGGGGAAAAUAGGACAUGUCCAAUAUGCAGAAGAUUGAUUAGGAAAGUAAGAAAGUUGUGCAUUGAAUCCUAAACUGUCUCUUUUCUUGUCACAUCUUGUAUUCUUGGGCAGGAAGUAAUUAUUUAGAUGGCCAUUUUUUUCUUUAUUGGAUUGGGCAAUUGAGGAAAUAUUAUUAGUUUAAUAUAUUCGACUAUUUAUGAAGUUUUUAUUAUUUUAUUUUA